AGUAUUUAAGCGAGUGUCAAGUUGUUGUGGCCAACAGUUUGCAUCAACAAUCAGUUACAGCCAGGAUUCUAUUGCCUUGCCAUCAUUUAAUCUGGGUGAAUAGACAGCGUGAUGCCACGUGUAUUCGUUUGCCUCUUCGCGCUCUUCAUCCUCAGCAUCGCUGUUCAAUUCGGCGAUUGCCAAAAGAACAUCACCCAACUAGAACGUGAACAUAAAAAUAUCAUACCUGGUUCCGAUGAACCUCGCCUGUCAAGUACCGAAAGAGUACUGAAAAUAUGGCAUCAGAGAUCCCCAAAGAAAGCUAUCAUCGAGGAUCCUGUGUAUGACGAGAUGCCGUCGAAUCUGCCGCUCAUUCGGAACCGGCGCGUGACUUGCGAUCUUCUGUCCUUUCUUUGCGCGGCCAGAUGCCGGAAGAAGCGUGAUCGCCGCGGUCGCCGCUUUCGAAGCGGUUUCUGCCGCAACGGCGUUUGCAUUUGCACACGAAAAAAAACCAGUAGUUGUCGUAAAAGUUAAAAAGUGCGGGCGGUAACUAAAUUACCGUCGUAAAAUAAGGACUGUUAAUAUCUUAGCUCUGACACUAAAAUUAUUUAGUUAAACAAGUUUAGCAACUCAAUACACAAAAUUUAGCUAUAAGACGUACUUCAGUUAGCAGCCAUAGCAACACGUAUUGCAACAAUUCGUUGUAAUAUUUAUAUGUAGAAGAACAACUUUUGCUGUCGUUGCAAAUAUCUUAGCUGCAGUAGUUAAAGCUAUUGCUAUAGCUAAAGUAUACCCAAUAGCUAAAGGUGUAUUUAAGAUAGCUAAACUGACAGCCGAAAUACAGUAAAAAAAUUUAUUUCUUU